AUGUCUAUGUUCGGAUUCGGCGCCAGGCCUCAGCCUUCAUCGGCGGAGAAGAUCGCAGCAGCAGAGGCAGAGAUCGAGAUGGUCUCCAACAUGUUCAACCAACUGGUCGACACCUGCACACGCAAGUGCAUCCCACCCCAAUACCGCGAAGCCGACCUCAACAAAGGCGAAUCCGUCUGCCUAGACCGCUGCGUCUCCAAAUUCUUCGAAGUCAACAUCAAAGUAUCAGAAAAGAUGCAAGGCGAAGCCGCACAGAGGCAAGGCGGCGCGCCAGGUGGUGGUAUGUUUGGCUCAUAA